AAACGAUUGAACAUUGUAUGCGGCGGCGCAGCACCAACAACGGCGGCGGAGCGCAUGGCGUGCUCACCAGAAGCCGAAAGAAGCUCAUGGAACUGCAAGGCUACUUGGCCAAGGAAAGAGUCAUUGACGAUGUGGAAUUGGACGAGUACAUCAACCGCCUCGACGAAAAAAUUGAUGCCAUGCACGAUGUGAUGACUUGGGGAGACCACGAUGAUGACAGCGGGGUGACGGACGACGAUGAUUCCGACUCGGAUGAAGAUUCAGAUUACAACCCGAAUCGAAGCUCGAAAGCGACAUCGUCGCGACCUGGCUUUGUGUCUCAUGUAUUUUGGUCCUCUGUCGGGCCUGGCCUCGUCCUUCCUGUAUUGUACCAUCGUUGGUCGUACUCAUCGUACCCGUUAUCGAGCUCGUCAGUCUUCUCCUAUCUGGCCAAAGUCUUUGUGAAUUGGGCCAGCGUGGUCCUCCUCGUAUGCUUGUCAUUUGCGGGCGUCUGCCACACGCGACAGUUUCUUCAAGGCUCGCUGUUCAAGGUCCCGUCGGAAGCCCAGACAUGCGCGUUCCAUAUCUGGCACACACUGCUGAACUGCGUCGACAAGUACGGACGCGAAUGCUACACCACUUCCGACUGUCAGUUUCCGCUGGGCCAAGUCGUCGGUGCGCUGGUUGGACUAGCGCUGGUGGCCCGGUUCUACCUGCGGCGUGUUCAAAUUGUCCUGGCAGCGCUAUUUCUCGUACACCAUGGCUUGCAGCAAUGGACAACACAUUUGUCGGUAAUCUUGGACACCGCGGCAACAUUCCAUGCUCGAUCAAUCGUCCACAUCGCCUCCAUCGACCCGACCUUUGCCUACAUGAACGAACCCAUCCACAUUCUCUUGGACGGCCACAACUUGCAUGAAGGUAUGCUUGUGGGUUGGGUGCCGUACUGGAGCUGCAGCCGCGAAGCGGCUGUCCUUUCCGACUGCCCCGUCGAUUUGGUCGCGCCCAUGAAGCAUGGAGGAGUCACCCAAACAUUUCCAGCGGUUGAUGAGUACACCGUGUGCGUGGACAAGAGCGCCACGGCGCCUGCUGCUUUGUCCAGUCCUACACCGUCCUUUGCAUGCUUCCCAGAAGUUCGGCUUAAAGUCAAGCAUGCUCAGAGCAACCCUGGCUGGUCCUUGCAUCAUCAAUAAAGAAACUCCAUGGACGUGUACGUGUCGCUUAGUUUACUCUAACUUGCACUUUAC